AUGCGCUUCACGAAACCGCUCUGGUUGACCCACGGAGGUGACAAGAAGGACUUUGAAGUAUACAGCUGCCACGUCUCGCCGGAUGGCAGCCGCCUGGUAACAGCAGGAGGAGAUGGACAUGUGCGCAUCUGGUCGACGGACGCGAUCCGCAAUGGCGCCAGCGCAGACUACACCAAGCCCAAACAGCUGGCCGCUAUGAGCUACCACUCGGGCACCAUCCACUCUGUGCGCUUUUCUGGCAACGGCAAAUAUCUGGCCUCGGGCGCCGACGACAAGAUUGUCUGCAUCUACAACCUCGACCCCAACCCUCCCGCCCACACCACCUUCGGCUCCAACGAGACUCCCCCCGUCGAGAAUUGGCGCAUCUUCCGCCGUCUGAUCGGCCACGACAACGAUGUCCAGGAUCUUGGCUGGUCUGCCGAUUCUUCCAUCCUUGUCUCGGUCGGUCUCGACUCCAAGGUCGUUGUCUGGUCUGGUCAUACUUUUGAGAAGCUCAAGACCUUGUCACAACACCAGAGCCACGUCAAAGGUAUCACAUUCGAUCCUGCAAACAAAUACUUUGCUACCGCUAGCGACGACCGCACCAUACGCAUCUUCCGCUUUACUUCACCCCCUCCCAACGCUACAACCUACGACCAAGUCAACAACUUCGUCCUCGAAGCCACCGUCUCGGUCCCCUUCACCACCUCCCCCCUUACCACAUACUUCCGCAGGUGUUCCUGGUCCCCUGAUGGUGCUCACAUAGCUGCUGCCAACGCCGUCAAUGGUCCUGUAAGCUCGGUCGCAAUCGUCACUAGAGGCAGCUGGGAGAGCGAGGUCAACUUGAUAGGCCAUGAAGGUCCUGUCGAAGUGUGUGCUUUUUCUCCGCGCCUUUUCUGUCCCGAGCCGCCGCCGCCAGCUAGCGACAUCACUGCCCAGGAAAACUUUGCUGCUGGUGCUGUCACCGUCGUCGCGUGCGCUGGCCAGGAUAAGACUCUCAGCGUCUGGAACACCAAUUCUCCUCGACCUUUUGUCGUCACACAGGAGCUUGCCGCCAAGCCCAUCUCGGAUCUUGCCUGGUCCCCUGAUGGCGAGACUAUCUACUUUACCAGUCUGGAUGGAACCAUUGCUUGCUGCGUCUUUGCUGCCGGAGAAUUGGGCUACCCAGCACCAGUCGUGAACAACGACAAGGCCCUGGCACGCUUUGGUGCUGGCAGAAGAGUCGGCGUUGUCGAAGGCCCGGAUGCCUUGAGGCUUGAAGAGAACAGCAAGGCCGGCGAACUGAAGGGUGUCCAAGGUCGCAUGGGUGAACUGAUGGGCGAUGGCACAGUUGCUGUCCCUUCGUUGAAUGGUUCCUCAGACAAGCCUGCCCCGUCUUCGUCCAAUGGCACCACCAAAGAAACAAUACCAAACGGCGGCACAGAGGCUACUGAGCCCAAGGAACCGAUGCCUCCUCCAGACCCACAGGUCGCCAAGAUUGAUAAGCUCAAGCAGCGUGUGACCAUUACGAAAGAUGGCAAGAAACGCAUAGCCCCCCUGCUAGUGUCUUCGUCUUCGGGCGUCGGGGAGUCUUCGCUGCCAAAGCCGCAACUAAUGUCCAGUGUUUCGCAAGCCAGUCGCAACGACGCUCCUCAAACAACAUUGGACUUGUCGAAACCAUUCGACGGUCUGCCAAGAGGUGGUCUUGCUUCUUUGUUGCUUGGUAAUAAGAGAAAAUUCGCCGAAAUCGAAGGGGACGAUGAUCGUCGUGCCGAAAAGCGCAUCGCGUCUAUCCAGCAGACUGGAGCCACGCCUGUGGUCAUCAACACUGCUGCUGGACUCAUUCCACCAAGCUCCACUGGUAAAAGUACGACCGAGACCGCUGAACCACUAAGACCUGCCAUUGUCAAUCCUAGCUUAACUACAAGCCAGGUCAGACUCGCAGUGCCCUUGGUUCGAGCGAUCAUAGUCCGUCCUCUGGAUACAAAUAGCCACCAGGAGAACGAAGGUCAACCAAUGGACACUGGUGAUGAUUCAUCAAUGGUAUUUGAGGCGCGUAAUGCUUCUGGUCCUGCACGUACAGGUAGAGUCCAGGAUCGUGACCCCACGCGCCUCACAGUCUCUCGACGAGGUCAAUCUAUAUGGCAAGAUUAUUUGCCGCGAGCCGUCUUGCUUGUUACAGGAAACCAUCAUUUCUGGGCCGCUGCCUGUGAAGACGGAUCAGUUCAUAUUUGGACACCAGCAGGUCGUAGGCUGCUCAACGCUCUUGUCCUUGAUGCCCAACCCGUAAUCAUGGAUUGUCGAGGCUGGUGGCUCUUGUGCGUGAAUGCGGUAGGUAUGUGCUAUGUCUGGAACAUCAAGACCCUGUCAGCCCCGCACCCACCGGUGUCUCUCGCCCCUGUACUCGAUAUCGCUGCCACGGCACAGCAAGGCCACACUACGAAUGGACCAGCUGUCAUGUUUGCUCGCCUCAACUCACAAGGACGUAUCAUAGUAGGUUUGUCCAACGGAGACGGGUUCAGCUACUCGCAGGCCAUGUACAUCUGGCAACGUCUCUCAGAGCCAUGGUGGGCAGUGGGCAGCCAGUAUUGGAACACAGCCGACACAUCCAUAUCUACUGUGCAACCUACUACCAAAGGCGUCAACGGUACUUCCAACAGUGACGAUGAUCUGAAGCCGGAGAACUUGUCUGCUGGCAUCAUACCGUUACUCGAACGCAAUACCACGACUCAAUCUUUGCUGCGUGGUCGGGCUUACUUCCUGCAGAGAUUGGUCAAAACGCUACUUGUGGCUGAAGGAUACGAAGGAUUUGAAAGUGCUGUGAGUGUUGCACAUCUCGAGAACCGCGUUGCAGCAGCCAUGACCUUGGGUGCACGCGAAGAGUUUCAUCUGUAUCUCCUCAUGUACGCAAAGCGCAUCGGCGCCGAGGGCUCAAAGGCCAAGGUCGAAGAGCUGUUGCGCUCGCUCAUGGGCAGUGUGUUUGAGGAUGAAGAGGAGAAGUCAGACGAAGACAAGGGACAAGGCUGGAUGGCCGAGGAAGGAGAUCUUGUCGGGUGGCCUCGAGAGGAGUUGCUCAAGGAGGUUGUUCUCAUACUAGGCAAGCACCGUGACCUCCAGCGCAUCACCGUUCCCUAUGCUCGCCUUCUGGGUGUUCUCGAGGGAGCAAGCGAUAGCUUGGCCUCUUCAGCUAUGGAAAUCUGA